AUGAGUUCGGCUGGUACAACACUGUUCCAAACAAAACGCCUCGCGCAAUCAUCGCGUUGCGUUUCCCUGACGCCUUCGCGCUCUCUCUCCCGUCGCCUAACGCGCUCUCUCUCCCGUCGCCUCCGAGCUCUCUCUCCCGUCGCCUCCGCGCUCUCUCUCCCGUCGCCUUUGCGCUCUCUCUCCCGUCGCCUUCGCGCUCUCUCUCCCAUCGCCUUCGCGCUCUCUCUCCCAUCGCCUUCGCGCAAUCUCCCCUCCCAUCCCGUCCACUUCAUCUCCUAUCGCUCACGUCCUCCCCUCUCAUCCCGUCGUUCGCUUCUUUUCCCAUCCCAUCCCGUCGUUCGCUUCCUUUCCCCUCCCAUCCCGUCGUUCGCUUCCUUUCCCCUCCCAUCCUGUCGUUCGCCUCCUCUCCCCUCCCAUCUCGUCGUUCGCCUCCUUUCCCCUCCCAUCCCGUCGUUCGCUUCCUUUCCCCUCCCAUCCCGUCGUUCGCUUCCUUUCCCCUCCCAUCCCGUCGUUUGCUUCCUUUCCCCUCCCAUCCCGUCGUUCGCCUCCUCUCCCCUCCCAUCCCGUCGUUCGCCUCCCCUCCUCUCCCAUCCCGUCGUUCGCUUCCUUCCCCUCCCAUCCCGUCGUUCGCUUCCUUUCCCCUCCCAUCCCGUCAUUCGCCUCCUCUCUCCCUCCCUUCCGUAG